AUAUUCAUAAAUGCAUUUGUGGGAGGAUAAACUAAUAUUUAUUCAUUCAGUAGUAGAUAGGCAUACCAAAACAUAGGCAUACUAAAACACCCCCUCUCCUCUCAGAGUGUUUUGGUACCCGAUGGAAGAGGAGGGAUCCCCUCUCUCUCUCUCCAAGAUACUAAAACACCCUCUCUCCUCUCAGAGUGUUUUAGUACCCGAUGAGAGAGUGGGAGAGUAUCCCCAGUCUACCCCCGUAUGUAUUUUUUUGAAAGCCUAUAGUGUUCUUUCAAUCCCUUCCCUUGCAUGAGCGAUUUAAAGCUUUCUCACCGCCUACAAAUGCUAUUGGCUGCUUGUGGGACCACCCCUAAUUUUAAGUCCCAAUUAGCUUUCCCAGAAAAGCUAGUCAGUUUUCCUUCCAGAGAUCCGCUUUUAGCGAUUGAUAAGUGGCGUAGAGACAAUGGUCACAAAAAUGCACUCAGACCGAUAGGCCUGCAGAGAGCCCGAAGAUGAACAUGAGCUGAUAGGACUAGAGAACGACAAACAAUACAUAGUGAUUGACGAGUAACCUAGAGGCAUGCACCAAGACCGAUGGGUCUCGUGAUAGUCAUUUUUGGCAGGAGAUCCCUUAUUUUGUUGCGCUACCUGCAGAGAGCGCGGAGAUUAACACGUCGUACUGACUUUGACGAGUUUCCUAGAGGCCUGCAGGAAAUCCCCAAAAAGAUGCAGAGGCACCGAUAAGUUUUAUGAAGAUACCCCUCCCUUUUUUUCGUUUCGCUAGCAGUGGACGAAAAUGCGUGAGUGUCGCAGAUACCUGCAGAGAUGAACGUUGUAAAGGCUUUUAGCGUUUGACGAAUGGCCGAAGAGGGCCUGAAAUACACGCGCGGACGGCCGGGUCUUAUGAUAGUCAUUUUUGGCAGGAGAUCCCUUAUUUUGUUGCGCUACCUGCAGAGAGCGCGGAGAUUAACACGUCGUACUGACUUUGACGAGUUUCCUAGAGGCCUGCAGGAAAUCCCCAAAAAAGAUGCAGAGGCACCGAUAAGUUUUAUGAAGAUACCCCUCCCUUUUUUUUCGUUUCGCUAGCUGUGGACGAAAAUGCGUGAGUGCCGGCAGCUGACCCGCCUCGACGAUCCCCACUGGCUGACCCGCCGCAUCGAUCGCCGACAGCUGUCCCGCCUCAUUGAUCUCCGGCGGCUGACCUGCCUCAACGAUCCCCGGCGGCUGACCCGCCGCAGCGAUCCCCAGCUGCUAACUCGUCUGGACGAUCCGCAAUGACUGAGCAGCCUCGGCGAUCACCUACGGCUGAGCAGCCUCGGCAAUCCUCGGCGACCCGAAGACGGUCUCGCUCGAGCUCGAGCUCGAGUUCGAGCUCCAGUUCGAGCUCCAGUUCAAGCGGAACAUCAUACAGUUGCGCAUCGUGCAAAUCCGUUAAAAGUAUACGCGAUCUCAAGCGGAUUCCUAAAAUUACAUCCUCGAAUAUGAAGAGAAAAGCAAAUGAACAAGAAGGCAACGAGCAGAAGAAGAAGAAGGCAGGAGAGAGAGAGAGAGAGACGUCACCAAAACCAGGAACAUCUACAAUGACUUCAGAGGUUACGAGACCAGUACCGAGACGUGGUAUUUUACAAUUGAAAAGGACAGACAGUCAACAGCAGCAGCAACAUCAGCAACAUCAGCAAUAGCAGCAACAGCAGCAGCAACAACAGCAACAGCAGCUGCAACCACAGCCGCAGCAACAACAGCAACAGCGACCACAGCAAUAACAACGCAAUUUACCGAGGAUUAUAGAUGAUGAGAUAAUAAUAGAUCAUGUAAACGUAAAUAAAAUUUACAAAAAUUAUAAAAAAAAUAAAUUUAAAGAACUGUGAACACCUCACCAUUAAUUAAAACUUUGAAUUCCGGAAAAUUUCCGCCAGCGCUGACCGUUGGUUAACUGAAGCUGAUGCGCAUGCGCGUCAGCUCCGGUUAACUUACGACGGACACUGGCGGGAGUUUUCCCAAAUUCAAAGUUUUAUUUAACGAUAGGUGUACGAAAUUUUCAGAAAAGUUGAAAAAAAUUGUAAAAUAUUUAAGAAAAAUUAGGUAUGAUUUUUAAAUUGAAUUACUCUGCUCUUUGUCUUCGUUUUAGUCUAAGUAAAUAAAUAAACUAAUCUGAUAAAUUGACUACGUGUGAAUAAGAGGUGAUGACAAAUUUCAAUCCCUUUUCAAAUUAAUAAUAAAAGUUUUCAUAUUUUUUUAUAAUAAAAAAUAACAACUGUGUACAAAAUUUUAAUUUUUCUAAAAAAAAUAAUUUUAUUCAAUAAUUUGUUUCAUAGUACAUUUCAAUAAUUAUCAACUUCGUCUUGGCUAAAUUUUUCAGACAAAUAAUUUAAUAACCAUGCUCUUAUUGAAAGAGCAUUAUGGACGGCACAUGAUGGUUUUCUUCUAAUAGAAAGAUGAUGGUGCAAGCAAAAGUAAUUUUUAUUACUUUUUAUGUUCUCGAGCGGAGGGCAUCCAAGAUCUUCGACAUUACAUAUUAGACUGAAAAAAAAAUAAUGUGGAUAAAUUGAAGUAUUAAAAGCAUGAAAAAAAAAGAAUUGAAGGAAUGUAUAAAUACUUACGUAUUCGGUAAAUAAUUUUUCAACCACAGUGCUUUCUGUUCUCCCUUAACGAAUAUCUUUUUAACAUCUCGUGUAAUGAUUUGUAAGACAUGUUGAAGUCGAUGGUAUGGAAUGUCACCAGAAUUCCAUUCAAUUCCAUGGUGACUUUUUUCUAGCCAAUGUAUCAUACAUUUUUCUUCCUCGGUAAGUUCUUCCCACGGCAUUGGAGACUUGAAGAGGUAAGCAGUUGGUAAAGCUGUUUUUCUUAUUUUGAGAAAACUAAUUUCCUUGAAAAUGAAAGUAUCCGCAGCAAUUCUUUGAAAUCCUUGUAUGUCAACAAUAUAAACAUUUUCUUCGGAUAUUUCAGUAUGGUAUUUUGAAACAUCUUUUUGUAUUCAUACAUUGCAGUCAUCUUGCAGCUUAGUAGAGUUAGUUCUAUAAGACGAAUUUAUUGUAAAUGAACAGAUGAAUUUUGUCAUCCUGCUUAUAUAAGAAGAAACUCCACCUUGGUUGUCACACAAUUGGUUGUCAAAAAGAAGCAUAGAGCAACAGCUUUUCAAUGUCGAAGAUGACCACUUCUCAUUGGAGCAAAGAUAGAAAAUCCAUUCCUUCCCAAGACAAUAUCCCUUCUCCUUGUCAAACUUCCUAUUCAUUGGUAGUUUCUAAAAUUUUCCUCCUUUUCUUUCGUGGUCUCGUCUAUAUAUAGCAAGAAAUUUUACUGUGAGGAGCAGACUUAGUCUACAACAGUACACGAAACUAGUUCUUUAUACAAUUCUGUUUUGUGAGUGUUAAGUGAAAAAGUAAAUAUGGCUUCAUUUCAACUUUUUGAACGCCUUGUUGAAGUAGUGCGUGAUACUUUGCGAAAUAUACAUGAAAUGAGCAAUAAUGAUAUUCAUUAUUGGCUGGACAUGUGCAAUUCCACAAUAAAGGAAUUGAACGAAAAAAUCGACAAAGCUAAUCUUGCAAGAGGAGAAAAGCAGAAAUAUCAAACUUGUAUGACACAUAUUUCAUGUGUGCAAGUUCAACUCCAACAACAUCUUCAGCAAGGAGGUGGUCUACAAUCGGAAGAAACUGAAGCUAGAGUUGAGUGGCGAGAUGUAGCAUCAGCGUUUCAAAAUCGAAUUAGAACAGGUGUAGUUGUAAACAUAAAGCAUGUAGAAUUUCUAAGUUUUUUUAACGAUGCGCAAAAGCUCUUCAAGGUUAAAGUAGAAGAUUGCUUGAAGGAAUAUAACGUUGUAAAAAUAAAUUAUGACUUUAUCGCAGAAUUUUCUAUGCAAAAAAAGGUGAGGAAACGACAGACAUUAAAUAUUUUACAAGUGAAAGUGUUACAGCAUUCAUGUCAACGAAUUUGGAAGAAUGGUUCAAGGAUCAUAUCAAAGAACCUAUUCUCACCCAGCUUGAAGAAUUCCAGGAGAAAGAUUCUGGCUGGACUCUGACGAGUAUUAUCAGUUUGUGUAUCAAUAUGAAAAAAUAUUCUCCAAUCAAGGGGAGUUCCUUCAUUCCACUUCCAAACUUUAUAGAAAAGAAAAAGGCAUGUGUUAAUGUUCGUAAUAAUGAUAAUCAUUGUUUCAAGUAUGCUAUACUUUCAGCAUUGCAUCCUAGUGAAACUAAUCCCAAUAGAGUUAAUCAAUAUCGUUUGUUUGAGAACGAGCUGAACUUUGGUGAUAUAGAAUUUCCAGUGAAACUCAAAGAUGUUCCGAAAUUCGAAAAAUUAAAUGAUAUUUCAAUAAAUGUAUACAUAUUAAAAAAGUACAAUGCAAAGUUCGAAGUAUCGCCAUGCCAUAUUACAAAAGAAAAGAAAGAAAAACAUGUUAAUCUACUCCUCAUUCAAGAUUUUUACAUAGAUGAAAAUGAAGAAAAUAAUCAUGACGAUGGCGGAAGCUUGCCUAAAUACCACUACGUUUGGAUUAAAUAUCUGUCUCGACUUUUAGCACUCAAUUAAUUAAAUCAUGUAAAAUCAUACCACUGCGAAAGGUGUUUACAAAAAUUUUACUGUGAAGAAAGGUUAGAAAUGCACGAAAAUGAUUGCAAAAAUUUAAAUAAAUGUCGAAUUAAUUUGACCGACUUUAAGAAUAACAUUCUUAAAUUUGAAGAUUACAAUAAAAGUGAAAAAGUUCCUUUUGUUAUUUAUGCAGAUUUUGAAUGUUUGUUAAAGCCUACUGAAAAUGAAAAUGCUUUUCAGCUUCAUGAAGCAUAUAGCAUAGGCUAUUAUAUAAAGUGCAGCUUCGAUGACAGUUUAUCUGUUUAUAAAUCAUAAAGACAA